AUGAGGGUGUUUCAGGGGAGCAGCAGCGUCACGCGCAACACAGUCAGAUUCUCCACGAACUCAACCCCAUCCUCCAUUCCCCAUCUCAUCGGCUUACACUUCGAGCUUCCCACUACCGAUUUACCCAUUCAACCGACGUCACCUGCAUCCAAGGAGGCUGUGUUCCGACUCACGAGGCAGGAAACUGAAGCCCACCACCUCAGUGCCCGUGCCCACCACCGAACCGUUACCCGGCAGAUAGCCCUAUUUGAUCUCAGUGCCGGAUCUCCUUAUUUCGGCUGCCUUGAUCUGAACACCACGGAAUCCAUCCCCACUUUCCUUCGGAGGGACACCGGCAGACAUGCCGCAGCCAAGCUUUCUGCCAGUACUCGUACCAUCGCCAGCACAAUCAGCAUCACAGGCAACACUCUCAACCCCCCACAUGCCCUUGAGAUAGUGACUUGCCAGUCCUUCGUCACUUUGUCCUCCCCACCAACCCCAAGCCAUCGCCUUUGUGCACCUGCCACGGUCCUUAAACCUCCUUGUUUCGACUGCGUGCACAUCUGA